AUGCCACCACUGUUAAACAAAAGAUCCAAAGCAGAGAAUGAGAAAGCUGAGUCUGACGAGAUCACAACCAUGGAAGAUCAGCAAUCUGAAAAGAUUAAAAAGAGUAACCACUCAGAAUCUUCAUCUUCAUCUCAAAGCACAGUAAAGAAGAGAUCAGCAUUUGAAGAUGUCACUAAUGCAUCUCAUGAUCAAUGUGUUCAGUCAAAGGAAGACAAUAUGGAGCUUAGAAGCCAUGUUUCCAAAAGGACAAAUAAGGGAGCUGGUGAAGUUACUCAGAAAAGAAGAAAACGUUCUAAGAUGGGACGUGGUACGUCAGUGUCAAACAUGGAGAAAGAGUUUGUUCUGGAUAUACCCAACAAACCUAAUACACUAACUACUGAGGAACCAGCUAUCUUUCAAAAGACAUUAGUUUUAAAUGACGAGUCUGAUAGUGGAGAGACAUGCUUUAUGAAGAGGACAUUAAAAAGUUGUGCAUUUCAUCAGGAGACACUUCUAAUUGAGCCACUAACCUUGCUGGAGGAAACUGAAGAUUUCAAUGAGUUUGAUUCAGAAGAGCUAAUGACUUCUGAAGAGAAGGAGGAACCUGAAGAGGUAACUAGGCAAACUUUGAGGCCACUAGAAGUUCAGCCAGUCACCCAUAAAAAUGGCUCAUUGUCCUCUCAGAAGUCAACUACUAAGAAGAAAGAUUCCCAUUUCCAUGGGCCAUCUGUACUGCCAGACAAGCAUAUUCCUCAAAUGGAGGCAUCCACUGUGAAAAAAUCCCUGGCUCUGCAAAAUCCUACCAGUGAGGAGAUGUUACAUUUUCCCGAAGCUACAGUUUUGAAGAAGCAGCAUAACAUGGAGGAGGUCCCUUACCUGAAGAAGUCCUCACCUUUAAGAAAGCAGCAACAGCUCCCUAAAAGGAGAGGUUUCUCCAGUAACUCUGCAGUAAAAGAAACAGUCACUAGUGAACAAUUGUCCUUUAAGAAGUCUACCACUGAGAAAGAUCCCCCUUUCCAGGGGUCUUUUACACUGCGAAAGAAGCAUAACAGUCCUGAGUCAUUGUCCAGAACACUGAAGAAGCGCUUUGUCACACCAAAGCCUCUCAUAGAUGAGGACUCAUAUUUUCAGUUAGAUUCAGCUUCUAAGAAACAGCACGUCAGCGAGGAGCCAGGCUCCAGCAAUAAGCCUAUAAAGUUAGAGAUGCAGCAGACUAUUACUAAAGAGACAGGGUUCCACUUGAAAAAUCCACCAACAGUUACUUCAGGAGCAAAGUCACUGACUAAAGAGCCACCACCCUUUGGAGAAGAAAAUACACCUUUACUGAAAAGCAAGUGUACUAGUCACACAAUAACCUUACAACAAGCACAGACAGAGUGGCAGGAAACGAUAGACGAAGAUAGAAGUUUGUUUUCUAUAAAGUGUGGAUCAUAUAGGGAGGAACCUACACCUGGGUUCCUGCAGAGUCCAUUGCCACCAAAUGAAAAUUGCUUAAUUUCACAAAAACUAUCCCUCUCGAUGUCAUUUGCCUCACAGACAAUCACCAGUCAAGAAAGAGCACAUAGUAAGGAAUCAGUGGCUUCAAGUGAUGAGGAGAACUUCUCUCAGGACCUAUUUUCUCCUUUCAGUUCUGAUGAAGAUACAUUGAAAUUCCAUAAGUCUUUAGACAUUCAAGAAAAGGUUGAUAGCAACAAUUACUCCCCCCCAAAAAUGUUUGUCUCCCAGGACAGUGUUUCUGAAGAGGAGUCCUUUUUAAGAAAGCUAUUUUGUAAGGACAGACACUCCUCCUCUGAAGAAUCAAGCCAAGAGAGGACGGUUGCUCUGGAACAGGAAUUCCUCUUAAAGAAAUUAUUGAAUGAGGACACCAGAAGUGAUGUUGAUGGCCCUCUUAGUCAUCAGUCACCUCACAUUCAGAACCAUUCUGGCACUAUGGAGGAGGCCAUGGAGGCCUCAGAGACCUCGGAGGAACCUUUAAACAUUCAGGAAGAAAUCAGCACUGAGAACAUAGUUGCCCUCAUGAAGUCGUUGAUCACAGAAGAUGAGUCUAUUAAGGAGACUUUUAUCAGGAAUUAUACUAUUGCCAUGGAAGCUCAUGCUGAGAAAUCCUUGUCCUUGGAAGAGUCCAGCGUUAAUGAGGUAGCAACUCUAAAGGAGCCCUUAUCUUCACAGGAGAAGCAUAGAGCUGUGCUGGUGACUGUUCUGAAGGAGCUACUUGUUUUAGUAAAGAAUCCCAGGCUGGAGAGGGUGGUCUUAGCCUUUCAAGAGAAUCCACCCAGUAAUGUAGAGACUCUCUUGAGGGAAGUAUUGGCAUUGGUGGAGAAUACUACAGCUGAUGAAUCUACUCUGAAGGAGCCCUUGGCCUUGCAGGAGAAUCCCAGCAUUAAAAAGUCAAGCCCCAAGGAUUCUCUAUCCUUUGAUCAUAAGCCUAACGCUGAGAAGAGUGAAAUAACCAGAACAUCAUUAACUGUUGAGGAGCUCAACAUGGAUACCCUUUAUGAGAGGGCAUUAGCACGGAGUCAUGGACUCAUUGCUGCAGACCAAUUGGCCUUUACAAAUCUACAGAAUUUUGAAGAGAGUAAAAUUGUUGACGAAGAGGAAUUUUUCAAAUCAUUCCUUGUCUUUGAAAAUGAGAAUAGCCCUAAUAUGUUCAGCAAUGCUUUUAAAGACAGAAAAGACAAUUCCAGUGAUGUCAUGUCAAGUUUAGAGAAAUUAAGUCCUGUCAUGAACUCCAAUCCACAUGUAUCUAGUUCCAGCUUUCAGUCAACUCUGGGUGGAAAAGAGACUGAGAUAAUCAUACUGGAUGACAGUGACACACUGGAAAGUAUUGAAUCGGAAGACUACAGUCCACCACUGAACUCUUCAUAUACCAAAGACAUCUUCAUUUACUUGAAAGAAAGAGAGGAAAUGUUCAUAGUUGAGAAAUACAUGCAUAGGCAGAUGGAACUCACCAGUGAUAUGAGAGCCAUUCUUGUGGACUGGUUGGUGGAAAUACAGACAUCAUUUCAGUUGAGCCAUGAGACCCUGUAUUUGGCAGUGAAGCUAAUGGAUCUCUACCUAAUGAAGGUACAAUGCGAGAAGAAUCAUCUACAACUCCUUGGUUCCACUGCCUACAUGAUUGCAGCCAAAUUUGAGGAAUCAUAUCCCCCUUCUCUGUCAGAGUUCUUGUACACUUGUGAAGAAGAUCUUUAUCAGAAGAAUGACAUGUUGUCCUUGGAACGCCACAUGCUGAAAACUCUCAACUUUGAAAUCAAUAUUCCCACUGCAUAUAAUUUUCUGCGUAGAUAUGCUUCGUGUAUCCAUGUUAGCAUGAAGACACUAACCUUAUCCCGCUACAUCUGUGAGAUGACCCUGCAGGAAUAUGAAUAUAUUGAAGAGAGGCCUUCAAAGCUAGCUGCAGCCUCCUUCGUCUUGGCCCUCUUUAUGAGGAAUCUCAACGACUGUGUUCCUACACUGGAAUAUUCUACUGGCUACCAAAUGGCAGAACUCCAUAUCGUGGUCAGGAAGCUAAACUAUUUGCUGAACCACCGAUCCGAAACUGUGCUCAAGAAUGUGUAUGAGAAGUAUUGUGAAGAGACCUACUUUGAAGUUGCCAAAAUCCCUCUUUUGAGCAAGAAAGAGCUGGAGGAUCUUUUGAAUUAUGCAUUAUUCAGCUGA